AUGUGUAAGUUGCCUCCCUUCGCAGCCGCUCAACCUUCCCUUUUCCAGCCAAGCAAGAGUUCCAACAGCUCCACGAUGAGAUGAAGGCUCUGAAGAAUUCGGGCAAACACGAGGAGUUCGCGAAGAAGUACGCCGCCAAGGGAGCUACUUUCCUCAGCCAUCUCCACGAGCCGGUCGACGCCGAAGGAGCUGCCAAGCUGGCCCAAUCGGACAAGAUGGCCGCGCUCAUGAAGACGGACGUCGACGUGAAGAUCGACGAAGUCACCCAGAUCGGAGACGUCGUCAUCGAACGCUGCACUCUGACCGCCAAGUUUCCGGCUGGCGACAAGACCGGAUGGAGCCUCUCCGUCUGGGUCAAGGAGGGAGGAGCCUGGAAGAUCCGCAACAGCUGCACCACCUUCAAGACGCAGCUCCCACAAUAA